CGGGCCGGGCCGGGCUGGGCGGUCUCCCGGGGCCAGGUGAGCCGGUGCUCGGCUCGCGGGGGCAGGGGCGGCCGGAGGCGGCGGGCUCUCCAGGGCCAGGAGGGAUCGGCAACGCAACGCGGGCUGCGAAGGCGGGAGUCGCCCCGCGCUGCCGGGCUGAGGAUGGUUGCCUGGGGAAAACAGCACUGCUGUGUUGGCAGAAUACAGGACAUUUUCUUGAGAUUCAGGAUUGUUCUAGCAGUCCUUUUACUUCAUUUGUUCCUGGCUACAGCAGGCAAAGAUCAGGAGGAUUUCCUAGGACAAUAUAAAGCCAUCUUUAAGACUCCAUGUGAAGAUCCUUGGAUUAUGUCACCAAGAAUUUCUCUGCAUCCCUUGAAGGAGUUCAUUGUCUGUGUGCACCUCAAGCUAUAUUCCUCAAAUAGUUCCUGGACAGCAUAUGUAUACAAUCAAGAAACACCUCACAUCAAUCUCUCUGGAAAUAAGUAUGAUCUUGGACUUACAGGAGAUCAUGGUAAAUUGAGGAUAUGGUUGUUUGGAAAUCAAAUAAAUACAACAGCAAGACUUCAUGAAAACACUUGGAACCAAAUAUGUAUCCAGUGGAAAAGUGAAGAUGAGGAGAUGAAGCUAUUCAUAAAUGGAACAAAAAAAGUAAACAAAAAACUAACUGGGAAACUUACUUUCCCUGGAAAAGGGCAGUUCUUACUUGGCUGUUCAAAGCUGCCAGGUACAGCUACGUCACCUAACCUGGGUAUGACCGGGGAGCUGUACAUGUUCAGAAUGUGGGAUAAAGCAAAUAUAAAGCAAUCUCAGGACUGUGAAGAUAGUGGUGUUAUACGCUGGAGAAAGGAGGAUUGGGUCUAUAAUAAGACAGUAGAAGAGGAUAACUCUUUGCCAUGUGUUGAAACUGCUGCUAUGUUGCCUGGCAGAAAACUGGUGUUCUCUGAAAAUUCAAGAGAAUCAGCUGCAACAACCAUUUCUGAUAUGACUUCAGAGGAGACUACACAAACUGCAGAAGCUCUCAACAUCACUGAUUAUUACUCCACCAUAACACCAGAAAUUAUAGCAGGAGAAACUAUUUUAUGCAACAUAACACCUGUCUGUAAUUUUUCAGUGUUCUAUGUGGGCAAGGUAAAACUUCAGGCAAGUGAAGAAAGUAACACGUCACUAAAUGUAGAAAUAAUUAAUAACAUAACCAUCAACAAUCAAGUAACAAAAUUACUUGCAAUUCCAGCACCUACCCCACAAGAAUUGAGAAUUUCAGAGUUCAACAAAACCUUGCAAGCAGUAAGUGAGUCCUCUGUUAUGGAAUGCAGUGCAGAAAACCAGAGUAUACACUGCAAUUUCAUAAUGAAGCUGGCUGAGAGAGAGAAUAUAAGCACUUUAACAGACGAAGCAGAAAUAAGCCAAAUUAAACAGUGCUGCUGUUCAUCACUGAAGUAUUGUUCCUUGACUGCUGAAGAAUUACAAAUGUAUACUAUACAAGUGCCACCUCAUUCUAUAUGGGUUCCUUUCCCUCGUUCUCCUUCUCUCCCUAAAAAGACUUCCCCCAAAUCUAAUACUUUUAUUUCCCCUACUAUGCUUUCUACCAAACAAAGCCCCACAAUUAGACCACUGAUCCCACCAUUCACAGAAAUUUCUUUUUCUGGAACUCUCUCCCCAUCUCCCACUACCAACCUUCUCUCUGAAAGUUCUACCACAUCUGCUACUGAAACUUCUGUGUCUUCUACCAGUGUUACCACUACACUUUCCUCUUCUGAGUCUCUUGCUCAACCUACCAUGCCAACUUUUUCUUCCAUAGCUUCUAAUAAACCUGUCACUAUUUCCAUGCCUGCAACAAAAUCUGUCACUAAUGCUGCUUUCUCAAUUAAAUCUGAUGCCGCAUAUCUUAGCAAGCCUGUUACAAUAAUUUCUCCUUCUGUAGGUUUCACUAAACAUUCUGCAGUUUCCUCUUCUGAGCUUCCCCCCAAACCUUCAAUAGCAAUUCCCCCCUUUGAGACUACCACCAAAUCUGUUGCACAAAUUCAUCCUGCUACAGAUUCCACCCAACCUAUUUCUGGCAACAAAAACGUUACUACAGCACCUAUUCUUCCCCUUACUCCUUUCACAAUAACUUUGACCCCUACUGUUAGUCCUAUCAACCAGUCUGUCUCAGCUUCUCAUCCUCAUUCUACUGCUGAUGGCCAUGGUAGCCUGCCUAAUGGGAGCACAGGAAAGAUACUGUCAGCUACCACAUACACAACUUCUGUAUAUACCACCAUUAGUAUCACCACAGCUGAGCAAAUCGUGUCCAAAAUAGAAAAUGAUUUAGCAGCUGGAACAGUAGAGCCAAAAGAUGUAGAAAGGAUGGUUAGUGAGGUUAGCAAAGUCCUGACUGCUUCCCAACCAUUACCACCCCGAAUUUCUAACAGAAUUAUAAAACUGGUGGAUUAUAUUGGCUUAAAACUGAACUUUUCAGCAACCUCUGUUGAUUUUGCCUCCCCUUCCUUGGCUCUGGCAGUUGUCAAAACCAAUAGCAUCCACUCCAAUCAAAUGUCUUUUGCUGUCCAGGACUCAGCUGAUCUCCAGAUCUCUCUAGGCAUUAAUGCAAUUCAUGAUUUAAAUCAUCUCGGAUCAAUUACACUUCCUUCAUCAUUGCUGACAAAUUUACCCCCUGAAGAGUUGGAUGUGGCUUCUAGAAUUAUAUUCAACUUCUUUAAAAAGACCACUGUGUUCCAGGAUCUGUCCCUGAAGAAUGCAUCUUUAAUCAGCAAUGUUAUAUCAUCAAGUGUUGCUAACCUCACAAUUAGCAACUUAAAGGCAAAUGUUACUGUCACUUUACAGAAUAUCAAACCUAAUCAGGAUAAUUCAACAGUUAGAUGUGUUUUUUGGGACUUUAAUAAAAAUGGUGGACAUGGAGGCUGGUCAUGCGAAGGUUGCAUAGUUAAAGAAAGUAGAGUAAAUGAAACAGUCUGUUCGUGCAACCACCUCACAAGCUUUGCAGUUUUGAUGAACUUGUAUGGAAAUACUCCGUUGAAUCCCACACAAGAAUUGGUACUGACUUUUAUAUCCUAUAUAGGCUGUGGCCUCUCUGCAAUCUUUCUUUCUAUUACUCUUGUGACCUACAUAGCCUUUGAGAAAAUCCGGAGAGACUACCCUUCCAAAAUCCUAAUUCAGCUGUGUUCUGCAUUACUUCUACUCAACUUAGUUUUCCUCCUUGACUCAUGGAUUGCACUGUAUGAUACACGAGGCCUGUGCAUUGCAGUUGCAGUAUUUCUUCACUAUUUCCUCUUGGUUUCUUUCACCUGGAUGGGCCUAGAAGCUUUCCACAUGUAUCUGGCACUUGUGAAAGUCUUUAAUACCUAUGUACGGAAAUACAUUCUUAAAUUUUGCGUUGUUGGUUGGGGGUUACCAGCAGUAGUUGUGUCCAUUGUGUUGGCAGUAUCACCAGAUAAUUAUGGACUUAUAACCACUGGAAAGGUUUCAGUAAAUAGACCUGAUGAAUUCUGCUGGAUUAAAAAUAGAAUUGUCUUCUAUAUUACUGCUGUGGGAUACUUUUGCCUGAUAUUCCUGAUCAAUAUCAGCAUGUUCAUCGUCGUGCUGAUCCAGCUCUGUCGUAUCAAAAAGAAAAAACAACUUGGUGCUCAAAGAAAAACCAGUAUUCAAGACCUUAGGAGUGUUGCUGGCCUCACAUUCUUGUUGGGAAUUACUUGGGGAUUUGCUUUCUUCACAGUAAAUGAGGUAUUUACUUACCUCUUUACCAUUUUCAACACUUUGCAAGGGUUCUUCAUUUUUAUCUUCUAUUGUGUAGCAAAGGAGAAUGUCCGUAAACAGUGGAGAAGAUAUCUCUGUUGUGGGAAAUUCAGGCUGGCUGAAAACUCUGACUGGAGUCGAACUGCUACUAAUGGUUUAAAGAAGCAGACUGUAAAUCAAGGAGUAUCCAGUUCUUCCAAUUCCUUACAAUCGAACAGUAACUCCACUAACUCUACAACUCUGCUAAUGAAUAAUGAUUAUUCAGUGCACGCGAAUGGAAAUGGCCAUCUUUCCAGUGAGAAGAAUGGUGUUUCUUUCAGUGUACAGAAUGGUGAUGUGUGUCUCCAUGACUUUUCAGGCAAACAACUUGUAUUUCAAGAAAAGGACGAUACAGGCAGCCAAAAAAGCCAUAUCUCGCUCAGAAGGACUUCAAAGAGGGGAAGCCUAACUUUUAUUGAGAAAAUGUGAUUUCCUUUUAAACAGCACAUUGUUUUACAGUGUGAAGUAGAGAUUUACUUUAACAGUUUUACAUAAUGUGAGCAGACCAAGAACUGAUUUUAUUUAAUAUAUGGUACUGGAACUUCAAGGCAGCCAUGCAAUGGAUUGACAAGGACAAUUAUUUAAAAAAAAAAAAAAAAAAAAAAAAGCAAGCUACUAUUUUGACAAAGUAUCUUGGUUGUCAAAUUACAGCUGGCACAUUUCCAUUUUGAUUCUUCAUUAGAGGGUUUUUUGAGGUUAUUUUUUACAUUUUAAGGAAAGUUUUGUUUAGACUUUUUUCAUUACAACUAAGUUUAUCUGGAUAUAAUGCAUAGUAGUAUUGUAUAAAUGUAGGAAGUUACAACUUGUGCGUACAAAUGAUGUUACCUGUAAAAAUGUUAAGCUACACUGUCUUCAACUUUUUGUAUGUUGUAGUAGCAAACUAUAGUGAUGUACAUAAACAAAAAUAUCAACCUUUAAGCAUCCUAAUGAUACUUUUAUAUUUAUUUCCUGUAAUAUAAAUAUUCCUAUGUAUAGAAAAAUAAUUGGUAUUUUGUUUUAACUUUUAUUGUAAGUUUGCAUUUUUCUCUAAUUGAGAUAAUUAACUUUAACAUAGAAUGAUAUGGAAGUUAAUUUGUUCAGUAAGUGAAGUCACUUAGAGUGGUUUAAGUAUAUUCACUUAAGUACAGACCUGUAAAUACAAACACUAUCGGUCUUGAACCUUUAGCAACCUCUUAGUACACCACAGAGGGAUAGAAACUGGGUAUCAUCAAAGUAGAGUGCCAUGAAUGAGGGAGUGAUAAAUAAAGUAGUCAGUAGAUUAUUAAAUACAACUAAGUUAUGUUAGUGGCUAGAGUAAAUCAAUGGGAGCUUUUGCCAUUGAUUUCAACAGGGUCGUUAUUUUAUCUUGAGUGGUGGUUCCAGAGAUGAAACACACUGCCAUUUCUCAGUUGCAAUGAUAAAGAAAAGUAAAGGAGUGUUAUUUUUUGAAGAAAAAAUAGAGAGAAUAAAUGCUAGCUGCUAUACUUAGUAGCUGAGAAAUUGUUUGUUUCACUGUGUGGCUGUUUUUUAAGGGCAGCUCUUGAGCUAUUCUAAUGAGUAUUUCUGCUUGUACUUUGGCCCUUGGUUGGCAAGCCAAAUCCUGAGGCCCUAGCUCAGUAAUUCCUGAAGCAAAAUUCCAUUCUCUUUGUGGUGUUUGUCUGAAAAAGCUGGAUUUUGGCUCUUCAUGCACAACAGCUGAAAGCCCAUACAACGUUGUGAAGAUUCUUGCUGAACCCUGGUUGUGCCUCUUCUUCCUCACGUAGGUGUGCAGCUGUGGCCAUCACUUUUUUUCCCUUGUGUUUUUGGGCAAAGGUUGGACGCUCCUGGAGCAGGAGCUAGGACAAACUGGCGCUGCACUGUGGAGUGCCAGACCCUGUAAGGGGGUGCAUGCAACACAUGGGUUCUUUUGGUCACCUAUGUCCAAGACUACUCUGAAUAUGCUUUUAAAGUGAGAAUUCAAAGUAUUUGUUGUCUUUAUCCACAAGGUUUUAACUGCAUGUUAAUAAAAGACCGUACUGGAAUGCUAGUAGCUGGAAUGCAUUUCUGUGAAUGCUUUAACGUUUGGCUAAUUGCCUUUGCACUGUUUCUUGUAAAUUUAUUUAAUGUUCUUGUAUUUAUAUUUUCAACUGUAAAAAAAGUAAUAAAUUUACAGCAAGUACAACAUGUAAAAUAUA